UAGAAGACGCAGCCUCAAGACUCCCAGAUGAACAACCGGAAGGAAGAUAUGGAAAUCACUUCUCACUACCGGCAUCUGCUUCGAGAGCUGAACGAGCAGAGGCAGCACGGAGUCCUGUGUGAUGUGUGUGUUGUGGUGGAGGGCAAGGUCUUCAAGGCACACAAGAACGUCUUGCUCGGGAGCAGCCGCUACUUCAAGACACUCUAUUGCCAGGUACAGAAGACAUCUGACCAGGCCACCGUCACUCACCUGGACAUUGUCACAGCCCAGGGCUUCAAGGCCAUCAUUGACUUCAUGUACUCUGCUCAUCUGGCGCUCACCAGCAGGAAUGUCAUUGAGGUGAUGUCAGCUGCUAGCUUCCUGCAGAUGACUGACAUCGUGCAGGCCUGCCAUGACUUCAUCAAAGCUGCACUGGACAUCAGCAUCAAGUCAGAUGCCUCAGACGAACUCUCUGAGUUUGAGAUUGGCACCCCAGCCAGCAGCAGCACAGAGGCGCUGAUCUCAGCUGUGAUGGCUGGGAGGAGCAUAUCCCCAUGGCUAGCUCGGAGGACAAGCCCCGCCAAUUCUUCUGGAGACUCUGCCAUUGCCAGCUGUCAUGAAGGAGGAAGCAGCUAUGGGAAGGAGGACCAGGAACCUAAGGUUGAUGGCCCUGAUGACAUUUCUUCACAGGCGUUGUGGCCUGGAGAUGUAGGCUAUGGGUCUCUACGCAUCAAGGAAGAACAGGUUUCACCAUCACAUUAUGGAGGCAGUGAGCUUCCAUCUUCCAAGGACACUGCAAUUCAGAACUCCUUAUCAGAACAGGGUGCUGGGGAUGGCUGGCAGCUCACAGGCCGGAGGAAGAAUCGGAAAAACAAAGAGACUGUCCGACAUAUCACGCAGCAGGUGGAGGAGGACAGCCGGGCUGGCUCCCCGGUUCCCUCAUUCCUGCCCACAUCGGGAUGGCCUUUCAGCAGCCGAGAUUCAAAUGUGGACCUGACUGUCACUGAGGCCAGCAGCUCGGACAGCCGAGGUGAGAGAGCAGAGCUGUACGCACACAUCGACGAGGGCCUCCUGGGAGGAGAAACCAGCUACUUGGGCCCACCCCUCACCCCAGAGAAGGAGGAAGCGCUGCACCAGGCCACUGCGGUGGCCAACCUUCGCGCCGCCCUCAUGAGUAAGAACAGUCUGCUGUCACUCAAGGCUGACGUGCUCGGUGAUGACGGCUCGCUUCUGUUCGAGUACCUACCCAAAGGUGCCCACUCACUGUCUCUGAACGAGUUCACAGUGAUUAGGAAGAAGUUCAAGUGCCCCUACUGCAGCUUCUCGGCCAUGCACCAGUGCAUCCUUAAGCGACACAUGCGCUCACACACUGGAGAGCGACCCUACCCUUGUGAGAUCUGUGGCAAGAAGUUCACUAGGCGAGAACACAUGAAGCGACACACUCUGGUCCACAGCAAGGACAAGAAGUACGUGUGCAAGGUGUGCAGCCGUGUGUUCAUGUCUGCAGCCAGCGUGGGCAUUAAGCAUGGUUCUCGUCGUCAUGGUGUAUGUGCAGACUGUGCUGGCCGGGGUGUGGCCACACCGCUGGACCAUGGUGGAGGAGGUGAGGGCUCUCCUGAGGCCCUGUUUGCUGGUGAAGGGCCCUACCUGGAAGACCCCGACGAUCCACGAGGGGAAGGCGAGGAGGAGCUGGGUGAGGAUGAGGAUGAGGACGUGGCCAAAUGGAAGGACGACGUGGGCUUGGCACACGAGGACGCGCUGCUGGGAGAUGACAAGGAUGACGAGGACUCUCCACGGGGGCCGCACAGCCCCUCUGGGGAGCCUGAGAAGGACUUUGCCUGGAUCUCCUAGGGGCUUUGCUCUGGUGGGCAGGGUGGGUGGUGUGCACCUGUGUGUGUCUUAGUAGGUCUUUACUUACCCAGGAGCAGGGCCAUGCUGACUCCUUGAAGCUCUUCCUUCAGGCCCUCCUCUGGCCUGUAACCCUCCCCCCUUGCAGAAACUGGUCCUUUGAACUAAGAAGUGAGUGUGACUCCAGAGACGGGGGAGCACUAGGACCGAACAAAGUGAGGGGUACAGUGUAGGUUUAGGAAAAGGGAGGCCUACUCCCACCUGCCCAGGUAUUAUUAAUGGAGUCCCCAGCAGGUGUGUCUACAUGUGUGAGCAGGGCUGCCCCAAGGCCUGGGCAUGCUCCCUCAGGGUAUCAACGGAGUCCUUUGCUGUGAACCUGGCUAGGAAUGCAAGAUGCCUCAGUGACCAGGUCAGGGUCAGCACUAGUGAGGGUCAUGAGGGCGAUCCCCCAGCCCUCAGGUCUGAGUAGGUGUUGAGUUCUGUUUCACCCACAGCAUUGCUCAGUCUCCUUCCACUCCGUCCUUUGGCAGUCAGGUUAUGGGCAAUGGCCCUGUCACUUUGUCCUCUUGGUUCCUGCUGCCCCGUGGCAGCUGGUAGAAUCUAGUGGGCAUAAGCCCUGCAAUCCUCUUACCUCCAGGCUUUGGUGCUUAACAUAAAAUGGCUGCAGAUGCCUCUCUGGAAGCCCAAGGCUCCAGGUGCUAACUCUGUUGGAAGCAGCUACGCAACUGGCAGGCCAAAGGGGAAGAAGGCUCUGUUCAAGAAGGGACCUGUGGUUGGAUGCUUUCCCCGUUCAGGCCCACAUGGUUGAGUUGCAUGGGCCACAGCUCUUCCUUCCGUGUGCACUUUCUUGGAGAGCCCCGUUGUGCACCCUGAGUUCUGCCUGCGCCCUUGCUCACCCCUCCUUGGAUCAGACAGAGCUCAAGCUCCUGCCUUUGUUGCUGCUAACACUGGAGGUGGGUGUUCCUAGCUGCAGUGUGCUGCUGACGCCUCCCUGCCUAGGAACCAAAUUUUAAAGAAGUCAGAGACAUUUUCAGGUGGUUACUAGAGGUUACUUUGUUUCAAAUUGUUUUUUUCAUUUAACAGGACUCUGCACAAGUGAUUUCAUUUAACUUUUC